CCGGAUAUGUAGCUUAAGUAGCAUUUAAGUGAAAUAUACGUUUUCUUCAUGGAAAGUACUGCACUGUUUAUUACUUCAACAGUACUGAACUACUACUGGUACUUUGAUUAGAAUAUUGAACAUUCACAUUUUCAUUGUAUGAGAUGCAUUUUAUUUUACUAUUGAGGAACUUUGCCCAAAUAUACCCCAUGAACAAAAAAGAGGGUCUGAGAAAACAGCGAUAGUUGAAAAAAUAUAAGCCCUAGUUAAGAAAAUGUAACUUAUAUACAUCCAUUUUUUUCAGAAUCCAAGAAGCCAUUAAUACCAUCUAUUUCAAAAUAAAUGCUUCCCUACAACAUGGCAUACACCUUGUACUGGAGCAUGCAUGUAUAAAGGCUCUGAUGGGUCUUGAAUCUUCACACAUUGCAACCACAACAGAAGGCUGGGAUGACCGAGUGACGAGAACACACAAGGAGAAGACCAAAUCCAGAAUACAAGAUGAAGAACUGGGAGGGGCUGACGACCUUCACGAACCCCUUGGAUCCAACCAGUUACCCAGUCGGUGUUGUGGCUUCUUGUCUUUCAGAACUGUAAAUGAAGACAGCUUACUACGUAACAAAGAAGAGCAGAUGAGUGAAUUUCAGGUCAUGAUGGCCAGAGAGUUUCCUUCGAACCCUGAAGAAGAGCGCAUCUUCAGGGUAAAGGUGACAACUUGGAAAAAUAUGUUUAUCAAAGCUCGUCCUUGAUCGUUCUCAAAAACGGGGGCGAAGAAAAAAACAUGGCAGCUUUGAAGUCUAAUGAGAGAUUAAGAUGCCGGGAGCUUUACUUCACACCCUCAGGUAAUCUUUUGUCACUAUCACACGUCCGCCAUGCAGCGAGCACAUUGUCGCCUCGCCGCCAUCACGCUUGACGUCAUUGUCAACACGCCGUUACCUUGACAAUCGAGCUUCGACGCCACAGGCCAGACCGUCACACAACACCUUUCUUGUGACGACUGAUAAAGCUUUUUUUAUCGAA